AUGAUUUUCCUUUCCUUCAUACUGCCGACCUUCCUGGCAGCCGCUUCCGUCUUCGACUCCCGUAGCCCUCCCUUCUGCGGCAAUCCCUUCCCGUUCACGUCCGAAAACCUCGAUGUUUUCGAAGGCCUUAUCAAUGGCUCCAUCAACGCCGAACAGGGCUCCGCCGACCUCCUCAACAUGCAGAACUAUGGUGGCCCGCGGGAAUGGCCACGCAACAAUCAGAACAAGGUCGUUAUUGAGUACUGUUUCGAUACCGAGGACGCCCGCAACAAGAUCGGCCGGCAGUUCCGCGAAGAUGGAAUCGGUGAAUGGAUGCGAGCACUGGGUGGUGAAGCGUCAAGCGCUACCAAGCACGGGUUGGUCUUCGAGGAGACCUUGGAUGCGAACGGUCAGCCGCUGUUCUGUAUAGACCCCGAUUCCGAUGGAUGGAACCCGAAGAUAGACUACAACACAGUAGUGGUUCAGUGGUCGUACGUUAAACAUUUCGUUGCCGCUGCGACUGUCGGCUUCGUUGGUUUUAUUUCAGGCGACCCUCCGGUACCCGGAAUCCACAUGAUCACCUUCGGGGAACGCUAUCAUUAUCCUGCAAUGGUCCACGAACUCGGUCAUAUACUGGGCAUGGCACAUGAGCAUCAACGCAAGGACCGUGACGGCUGGGUUGCAUACCGCUGCCAUAACGUCAAGGACUUUUACCAAAUCUUUGAGAAGUUUAGAGCUGAGAAGCCCGACGCAACAUGGAGUGAUCUCUGCGACAGUAUCAUCAAUUCACUUAGGAUGGAAUUCGGAGGGUUGAAUUUCAUACGCCAGUAUUCCGCUGGAGAUCCACGAUCCCGUGAAGGUCGUUAUCUGAUAUGGGAAGUUGCAGACUACGGUGAACCAUACGACCCUGCCAGCGUCAUGCACUAUCCGAGUGUUGCGUUUAAGGCAGGAUUCCGCUGGAGAUCCACGAUCCCGUGA